ACGUUUCAAUUGACUCAAUGUCAACAAUUAUUUUAAAAGAUACCAUAUUUUAAUACUUACAAAACUAAUCAUAAAAAGAAAACAUCCCAAUUAUUAACCACCUUUAUUAUUAACCAUCAAUUAAUUCAUUCAAAUUAAAUUUCCCCCCAAUUAAAUAAACAUAAACGAAAUCAAUCGAAACGCACAAAGUUGAGGUUAUGUUAAAAUUUACUAUUAAAGGUUAUGUAUUACUAAAAACUUUCUCAGAUUUAAAUAAAAAAACGUCCAAAUAGCACAAUCGUAACGUUUAAAUAUGUGAUAAAACAUCAAUAAUAACCAUUAUGGUCAAAUUCGAGCCAAAAAACAGUGAGUACAGGACUAUAUCUAUAUUGGGGCACUGUUGCAAUGAUAUCGGGGUUGUACACUUGGCUCAACAUUCGCCCUCGGGGCAAAUGGUUGCUGUUAAACGGUUUAAUAUGGACAAAGCUAAAGAAGAAAGUGCAUUAAUUGAAUAUGAAAUCAUAUUAACUAAACAACUAAGACACAGUAAUAUACUUAAAUAUCUUGUUUCGUACGUUUGGGGUUCUGAUGUGUGCGUAGUUAGCCCUCUGAUGGGAUACGGAUCGUGCAGAGAUUUAUUAAAUAAUCACUUUGCUGAUGGUCUCCCAGAAAACGCAAUAGCUUUGAUUUUACGGGACGUUUUGGAUGGGGUCGAUUACAUACACAAAAAAGGGCUUAUUCAUAGAGCAAUAAGAGCAAGUCAUGUGUUAAUAUCAGAUAAAGGGCACGCUUGUAUCACCGGAUUUAGAUAUGCUUGCGGAAUCGUCAGUAAUGGAAAAUGGCAACAAAAAAUCCAUUCAUAUCCGAGCAGCACAGUUAGAAAUUUGAAUUGGUUAAGCCCCGAGGUGUUACAACAAAACUUAAGAGGUUACAACGAGCGAUCGGAUAUUUACAGCGUUGGCGUUUUAAUUUGUGAGUUAGCAAACGGGGCGGAACCUUACGCUGAUAUGUCUACUACUGUUAUGUUAACUGAAAAAGUUAGAGGAUCGAUUCCCCAAUUAUUAGAUUGUUCUACGAUACAUCUUGAUGAUCAUAAUAUACAGGGAGAUUCAGCAGUGAUGACAAUUUUAAGUCGUCAGGCGAAGAGAAAAUUCAACGAAGGUUUGCAUGAAAUAACUUUACUUUGUAUGCAAUAUGAAGAAAUGGACAGACCGACUGCCGCUCAACUUUUAACGCAUCCUUAUUUGAAAUUCAAUAGAAAACACGCUCAUUUAACUGAAUAUCUUGCACCGGUUAUUCCAUUAAGUGAUAAGGUGGCUUAUAAUAAAGAUGAAUUGGAUACUAUUGAAAGUGUUAGAAAAAUGUCUGAUUUAGAAUUGUAUAGUUGCGACUGGGAUUUUUGAUAAAAGAAUUGGGUAUUUUAAGAGAGUGAUCAAAAAAAAGCUUUAUAAAUAGCGUAUAAAAAUUGUCUAUUGAUUAGUUUACAAGUUUAAUGAAUAAAAAAAAUAUUAAAAAUUAAUAAUUAAAAA